AUGGCGUUCAAGAACAAACCACUCGUGCUCAUGUGCAGUACUCCCGUCUCUGGGCACAUCAUCCCUAUGCUCGCUAUUGCAGAACAACUCAUCACCCGAGGAUAUGAAGUGUGUUUUGUAUCUGGCUCGGGAUAUCACCAACAGGCUGAGAAUGCAGGUGCCAAGUUCAUUUCUGUCGAGGGAUAUGGGGACUUUUACGAUCUCACUUCGUGGGAUCUUGACGCUGAUUGGCCUCAAGGCAAACAACAUCUCGAAGGACCAGAGUGCUUCAGUCAUGAUUUAAUCCACAUAUUCUGUAACUCGCUUCCUUCUCAGCACAUGGCGAUACAGAAAGCUCUACAUGAACUCAAAACGCAACAACCAGAGAGAAAAGUAUUCGUCAUAACAGAAAGUCUAAACUUCAGCGCCCUAGCUCUGCGCCUUGGUGCCCCAGGUCUCCGUCCUGAUGGCUUCAUAGCAAUUGGUCUCAACCCAAUCCUACUGACAAGCAUGGAUCACCCACCUUUUGGAUCAGGCAUGCUUCCCGACCGCACUCCAGAAGGUCGCGAGCGCAACAAAAUCGCCAAUGCAGCACAGAAAGAGUUCUUUGCACCCGCACAGAAAGCUUAUGAACAGGCAUUGAAGAGUGUGGGUGCUGAGCCUCGAGAUGAGUUCCUUCUGGACUCUCUUUACACUCUCCCUGAUCGGUUCGUCCAGAUGUGCGCGCCAAGUGUUGAAUAUGAGAGGAGUGAUGCGCCAUCUACUUUGCGAUUCGCGGGUGGAUAUCCCACCACAAAGCGAACGAAGAGCAAUUGGGAGGUGCCAUAUUGGUGGGACGAGGUCAUUAUUAACAAGAAUAGAGCCGGGAAGAAGAUUGUCUUUGUUUGUCAGGGAACUGUCGCCAUGGACUUUAACCAGCUUGUCUACCCAACUAUGGAAGCCCUACAGCAUCGGUCGGACAUUAGCCUCGUGAUUGCUCUUGGACGUCCCGGCACUACUCUAGCAAAUGACACGAUCAUACCCCCCAACUGUUACGUCGAGGACUUUAUCCCGUACGACAGCAUCCUGCCACAUGUGGACGUUUUCAUCACAACAGGUGGCUACGGCUCAUUCCAGCGGGCUCUCAAAAGCGGAACGCCUUUAAUUAUGGCGGGCACUACGGAGGAAAAGCCGGAAUCGGCUGCGAGGGCUGAGUGGGCUGGAGUUGCGGUCAAUCUGCGGACCACAUAUCCCUCUGUUCAACAGUUGACGAGCGCGGUGGAUGAAGUUCUUGCAAAUGAGAGCUUCAAGAAGAAAGCGUUGGAUAUACAGACACAGAUUGCUGGGUUUGAUCCCGUAGGUGUCAUUGCUGAGUGCUUGGAGGAGCUUGCUGAGGGACGAGAAUAA